AUGCCUAAUUUACUUGGACAUUUCAAUCUUCCUACCGAUUUCCUCGGCCGCUUCUUAAAAUCACAAUUCAAAAAUCUUCCAUAUCCAGAUACCUCGUUUGCGGGCCAAACAGUAAUCAUAACAGGCGCAAACACAGGUCUCGGUCUCGAAGCCGCUCGACACAUCGUGCGCCUGAACGCUACACGAGUAAUCCUCGCCUGCCGUAGUCUUUCCAAAGGCGAAGCUGCAAUUGCGUCUAUCAAAAGCUCUCUCCCAGAUCAUAAAACCAUUAUCGAAGUAUGGCAGAUAGAUCUGACAUCCUAUGCAUCGGUCAAAGAAUUUUGCGCCAGAGUAAACCAGCUGGAUAGGUUAGAUGUAAUGCUUGAGAAUGCAGGAUUGGCAGUACCGAAAUAUGAGGAAUUUGAGGAUAUGGAAAGUACAGUUACGGUUAAUGUCAUGAGUACUUUUUUAAUGGCAUUACUGGUAUUGCCGAAAUUGAGGGAGAGUGCUGCGAAAUUUGAUAUAGUGCCUAGAUUGACGAUUGUGGCUAGUGAUGCCCAUGAACAGGCCCUCUUCAAAGAACAAUCCUCCCCCUCCAUCCUCCCAGCUCUCAAAAACCCCAACCACCAACCCGACCGCUACAACGUCUCCAAACUCCUCGAAAUCCUACUGAUCCGCGAACUCGCGCCUCGACUUUCCAAAUCCAAAAAGCCACAAAUAAUACUCAAUACACUUACGCCCGGAUUUUGCCACUCUGAACUAAUGCGACAUGCUGUAUUUCCUUUGAAUAUUUUUGCGUGGAUUGGAAAGUCGUUGUUGGCGAGAACGACAGAGGUGGGUAGUAGGACGUUGCUUGCUGCGGCGGCGGCGGGGAGGGAAAGUCAUGGGAUGUAUAUGGUUGAUUGUGGGGUUAGUGAGCCGAGUAGGUAUGUACGGAGUGAGGAGGGGAGGAGUGCUCAGGUGAGGGUUUAUACUGAGGUUAUGGAGGCGUUGGAAGGGAUUGAACCUGGGAUUGGGAAUAAUAUUUAG